CAGGUUGAGUGUGGAAGAGCAGUACAUGCUGUAGUUGUAAACUGAGCUGAAUCACACAAAAACAAUUGCACAUUAUGAAGCAACUAUCUGAUCCAUUUCUGCCUUGGCCUUCAUAUAACAUUCUACUAGGAAUCACCAUCAUUGUUGUCGGUCUUCUGCUGCUAGACUUCACAAAGCGCAGGAAAAGGUGGCCACGCUAUCCACCAGGUCCCCGUUCUUUUCCAUUUGUGGGGAAUGCGCUGCAGAUUGACUUAUCAGACCUUCGCGUCAACUAUAAAAAGCUGUCCAAACAGUAUGGUGAUGUGUUUAGUUUGCAGUUUUUUUGGCAAAAUAUUGUGGUCCUCAAUGGGUUUGAUGUUAUGAAGGAAGCUUUAUUCCAAAAGUCUGAGGAUAUUGCUGAUCGACCCAGAUUCGAAGUCUUUGAAGCCAUCGGUCUAAGUGGGAAUUCUAAAGCUGUAGUGAUGGCACAUUAUGGUCGAGCGUGGAAGGAACAGAGACGAUUUUCAUUGUCUACAAUGAGAGAUUUUGGAAUGGGGAAGAAGUCCCUAGAAGAGAGAGUGACAGAAGAAGCUAGCUAUCUGUGCUCUGCCUUUAAAUCCGAACAAGGGCGCCCGUUCGACCCACAUUACAUUAUGAACAUAGCUGUCAGCAAUGUAAUCUGCUCCAUUAUAUUUGGGGACCGUUACGAGUACGAUGAUGACAAAUAUAUACAGAUGCUCCGUCACUUCGAAGACUCCCUAAAAGCAGAAUCUAGUGUUCUGGCACAGGUCGCCAACGCAGUUCCUUGGUUGACUUACAUCCCUGGGUUUGCUAAGACAGUUUUCGCACCUCAGCUACGUAUGCUUAAAUUUCUAGAAGAACUUAUCCGUGAGCAUCAACAGUCUUGGGAUCCAGGAUACAUCAGGGAUUUUGUUGAUGCAUUCAUGCUUGAGAUGGAGAAGGUAAAAGGUGACAAAGACACUAGUUUUAAUGAGAAAAAUCUUCUGUUUACUCCUGUUGACUUAUUCACAGCUGGAACAGAAACAACAACGACUACCUUAAGGUGGGCUCUACUUUUAAUGCUGCUUUACCCAGACGUGCAAAGAAAGGUUCAUGAGGAAAUUGAUAAAGUAAUUGGAAAAGACAGGAGGCCUACAAUGGGAGACGUGUUAGAGAUGCCAUAUACCAAUGCAGUGAUUCACGAAUUCCAGCGAUUUGGGGAUAUACUACCACUGGCUCUUCCCCACCAAGCAUACAGAGACACUGAGAUUCAUGGAUAUUUCAUUCCUAAGGGUACUGUUGUAAUGACUAAUCUGUCUUCAGUCCUGAAGGAUGAAAGAGUUUGGGAAAAACCCUUACAGUUUUAUCCAGAACAUUUCCUAGAUACUGAUGGGAAGUUUGUAAAACGAGAAGCAUUCAUUCCAUUCUCUGCAGGUCGCCGAGCAUGUUUGGGGGAACAAUUAGCCAGGAUGGAGCUGUUUCUUUUGUUCACAAACCUCAUGCAAUGCUUCACAUUUAACAUUCCUGAUGGUCAGCCACCUCCAAGAGAAGAUCCCGUGCCUUUAAUAACUCUGAGUCCACAUCCUUAUGAAAUAUGUGCUAAGAUCAGAUAG